AUGUCCGCAGAUACAAAUGCGACUAUCAAUAAAGAACCUAAGAGGUCAAGGGUUAGUCGAGGUGGGAAAUCAGCGUCAACACCGAGGAGAGGUGGUUAUAGAAAUAAAGAUGAUGUGACAAAAAAUCAACAACAAUAUGAAGAAGAAGAAGAAGAAAUACCCGAAGGUCAACAAUGUGUUAUAUGUGCAGAGAGAAUAGAAUUUGCAGCGUUAACUCCUUGUAAUCAUACAACUUGUCAUAAAUGUACAUUUCGUCAACGAGCUUUAUAUGAAAAGAACAAUUGUCUAAUAUGUAGAAGUGAAAAUGAUACAGUCAUAAUUACAGAAGAUUUAAAUAAAGAUUAUGAAGAGUUUGACGAUAAGAGCAACCUAUUAUUUGACGAAAAAUAUAGGAUUUAUUUCACCCAAGAUUACGUUUUGAAAGAUACCUUAAAUUUAUUAUCAAAUCAGUGUUCAAUUUGUAAGGAAAUAUUUAAUAGCUUCAAAGAAUUAAGUGACCAUGCUAAGGAGAAACAUGGAAAAUAUUACUGUUUAAUCUGUUCUAGAUACAAAAAGGCAUUUAAGAUAGAGUUACCAUUGUAUACAUAUAAAUUGUUACAGAAGCAUCAAUCACAGGGAGAUGAAGAUGGAUUUACUGGACAUCCUGAAUGUAAACAUUGUUAUGGAAAACGAUUCUACUCAGAAGAUGAAUUAAAUAUUCACAUAAGGGAUAAACACGAAAGAUGUCACAUAUGUGAUCAAACCAACCCCAAAAAUGCAGAUUACUACAAAAAUUAUGAUUCAUUAUAUCAACAUUUUACGAAAUCACAUUAUGUAUGUACAGUUGCAUCAUGUGUUGAAAAAAGAUUUGUUGUGUUUAGAGAUGAUUUAGAUUUGACAGCUCAUAUGUUAAAAGAACAUGGAGGAUUAAGUAAUGGUCAAAGAAUAGUUAUAGGAUCUAAUUCUCAUUAUCAUCACUCUCAAAACAACAAUAACAAUGGAAAUGGUCAUUUCAGUCAAUUAUCAACUUUCAAUAACUCCAGAUGGUUGAGUUCAAAUGAUGAUCAAGAUGAAGAUCAGCAAUCUCCUGAAAUCAAGAAGAAAAGAUUUGAAGAAAGAGCAAAGCAUUAUUUAAAUUAUGAUCAGCUGAAAUUCAAUGAAUUCAUGAAAGUUAAUGAACAAUUUAAAUCCAAAAAGAUUAACGCAAAAGAGUUAUUAAUGUAUUAUAAACAAAACUUAUUCCAAUCACAAUCAUUGGAAGAACUAAAUUUUUUGGUUAAAGAAUUCUCAGAAUUUUUCAAUAAAAACAACGACCUCAGUAAAGAUUUGAUAUCAAUAUUAAUUCAAGAAAACGAAGAAAAUCCAAGUGAACAAUUCCCAAUACUUGGAGGUAAGUCAAAUGCAAAUUCUUUUUCAAGUGGUGAAAAUUGGGUGAAUGGAGAAUCAUCAACUGGUACAUCAAUGGAUAAAUUUCCACCUUUGAAAAAACCAACAAAAGUCAACUACAUAAACCCAAAUAAUCAACCAACACGUUACACUACAGUAUUGAAAAAGAAACCAACAGCAACCAAAAAGCAAAGUUUUCCAAUGUUAUCAAGCUUAAGUCCACCAUACAUUCCAAAUUAUCUUGAUAACAACAACGUCCUAAAAACUUCAAAAUCAGACAUUACAUUAAAUUCAUUAAACUCAUCAUCGUCAUCAUCAAUGCAAAGGAACGGUUCAUCUGCAUCACUAGCAUCUAAUUCCAAAAAUAUAGACGAUAAUAAAUUUCCAGCAUUACAAAGAAAAUCAAACAAAAAGAUUAUACCAAGAGUUAAUGAGGUAAAAGUUAGUGAUCCAAACCUUUGGGGUAAAGAGUCCAACAAUUCAGUCACAUUCACUAAUGAUUCUUCAUCAAAUGACAUUGACAUAAUUGAUAAAAGGAAACAAAAAUUAAAAAAGAAACAAGAUAGAUUAUUAUGGCAAGUUUAA